AUGUUAUACUCCCGAAUAAUCCAAAACACACAAUGUAGUAUUUCAUUUAAUUAUAUUUUUAAGAAAAUAAAAAAUGGUGAUAAUAAAAUUAGUUACAAACAGUUUUGUUCAAUAAUUCACAAUACAAAUGGUCAAAGAAAAGUGAAUAAAUUAAAAGAGAACGAAGCGAAUGACAUAAAAGAGAACGAAGCGAAUGACAUAAAAGAGAACGAAGCGAAUGACAUAAAAGAGAAUGACAUAAAAGAGAAAACGAGGGAAAAUGUUUCCCCUGAUUUUGGUAAAAGUAGUAAUGUUUUAGAUUCUAUAUCUAAAAGUGAGCAAGAUAAAAUCGGUAAAAUAAUAAAAAAUAUAAAGAAUGUAAAGAAUGUAAAAAUUAAGAACGAAACGGAUGACAUUGUAAAAAACCAAGAGUGUGGAAAUGAUGUUUUAACUAGCGAAAUUUAUAAAAAAAUUGUUCAGGAGCAUAAAUUAUAUAAAAAAAGUAAGGAUAAUUACAGAAGAAAAGAAAUAAAAAAUGAUUUUUCUUUUUAUAAAAUGUCAAAGGAAAGGAAAGAAAGCGAACUAAUAAGUGGCCAAAAUGAACAAAAUGGCUGCUCCGAAAGUCGAACAGAUUUUGAGAAAAAUAUUGGAAACGAUAAAAUAGAGACAGAACACGAAUAUAAUGAUGUAGGAUAUGAAAAUAAUUUGUCUCAAUUUGAAUGUAAUAAUAAUGAAAAUAUUAUUGAUCAAACAAAAAUAGACACAAAAAAAAAUACAAGCUUAUUAAUACUAGGGAAAAAAGCAAUUUCUCCAAAUAGAAACCAAAAGGAACAGAAAUAUAAUAAAAAGAAUAAUAAGAAUGGUGAUAUUAUUGAAUACACAAAAGAUAAAAAUAUAAAUAAUAUCUUAUUAUAUAAUAAAAAAAAUAAUAAUUUAACUAUACAUGAAAAAAAAAAAGAUCAUUUUUUUAAAAUAUUUUUUUCAUCAAAAAAAGUCAAAAUAAUUAAAUCUCAAAAUCAUCCAAUUUUUAUACAUUUAUAUAAGCUAGCUACAAAUCAAAAAUAUAGAGAAGCACAAGAAAAAAUUUUAUUAACAAAUAAAAAAAUAAUAAUGGAAAGACAACAAAACCAUAUUACAAGAAUAUAUACAAAUAGUAUUGAUAAUUUAAAAGAUUUUACUUCUUAUGAUAAUUUUAUAUUAUUAUCAAAUAAACUAUUAAAAAAAAUAGCUUUUUUAUAUUCAUUUAAAAAUGGUAUAUUAGCAGAAAUCAUGCAUAAAUUUUAUUAUGAUGAUGUUGGUUUACCUUAUUUGGCUUUUUGUUUUUACAACAUUAACUGUUCAGGUAAUGAAAAAAAAAACACACACAAACACACAUUUUUAAAUCUUGAAAUGAAUCAGGAAGAAAACUCAAAUUUUUGUGAAUCAAAACAAAAUAAAACUAAAAUAACCAAUGAUACACAUGUACAAUCUCAUCAAAAUAAAAUAAACAAUUUAAUAAAUGAUAAAAAUUCAUAUUAUAAAGAUAUAGAAUAUUUAUGUAAUGGUGAUAUAGGAACAAUUAUAAGAAGUUGUUUUUUAUUAAAAUGGCAAUGUAUAUUUAAUAUUAACGAUAUAAAAAUGGUUAAUAAUAAAAAAAAAAAACAAGAAAUUGAAAAUGAGCAAAUGGACGAAAUAAAAAAUUGUCCUUCUGAUAAAUAUUCAAAUAUGUACGAUAUUUAUAAUAUUGAUUUUUUUCAUCCUUUUACUAUACGUGCUUCAUCAGGUUAUUUAUUAGAUAUACCAUAUAAGAAUACAAGUUUAUAUGAAUUACAUAAAUAUGCUAAACAAAGAAAAAUAUUGCUAUUAAAAUAUAAUAGCCAAAGUAACUUAUAUAUUAAUUAUAAAAAAAAAAAUUCUGAACAAGACAUAACUUUUUUAAAUUUAAUAAGCAAAUCAAAAGGUGUUUUUCUCAUAAUGGAUAAUUGUAAUAAUAUAGAAAAAUUGUAUACAUCAUCAGUUAGUAAAACAGGUAUUAACAUUUCUAGGAGUUAUUUUGAAGAGACUGAAAUAAAUGGAGAAUCUUUCAAAGAAAAUUCUCAUAAUAAUAAUAAUACCCCUGAAAAUAAUGAUGAUCAUAUUUUUGACAAUAUUUAUUAUGUUAAUUUGUUAAAUAAUAAUAAUGUGGAUAAACCAUUAGAACUUAUUUCAGCAUAUACGAUUUUUAUGUAUAUUUUAAAAACAAACUUUUUCAAGCACGUUCCUCAAUCGAGUUAUGUGUGCAUGCAAUAA